GGGAGUGAGUCUCGAAGCCUUCCCAACCUAUCCUUGUUGCCUCGCGAAGAAUAUCCCAUCCAUGAUCUGUGUUGCUGCCAGUACUUCCAACCCAUCCGAGAGCAUCACUCUAGCUGACUUUUCGAACGCUGGCUCGGUUACAAAGGUUGCCGCUCCUGGUGUAAACAUCUACUCGACGAUUCCUGUUGACACUUAUGGUUAUAAGAGUGGCACAUCGAUGUCGACCCCUACAGUUGCCGGUGUCGCCGCCUUACUCGCUACACUUGGUCUAGUGGGUGAGGACAUCACCAAUGCUAUUGUUGCAUCUAGGAAAAUUGGUGUACCCAAUCAGUUCAAUCUACCCGACAUCGGGGAACUAGACGCACUCAAUGCAACCCAUAUUGCCCUUGAUUCCAUCCGUCGGAUGGCAUCCGAGGCUACUGAAGCCCCUUGAGAGUUUUAGAUUUGGGUCGUCGUUGAGUCAGGUACCCUCGUUCAAUCUCCUUAACUGUUCAAAGUAAUGACUAUCGAAAGAUGAGAAUGAUAUCAUGAGUGUCAUUAAGUCUGCUUCGAAUGGUUUUCUUGUCGUUUACGAACAUCGUUAUGAGUCACUUUUCUCCAUUUCAUCUUCUAACAGUGAUCUAAAGCACCAUUUAUCUGUCAUGGGCUACACUUGGUGGUCCAGACAUCUGUCAUCAGAAUAUUCCGUCAUGAACAUCUUGAGCGUAAAUGACAACGGAUUUCUAAA